UCAAAUGUCCCCUGCAUUCUGCCCACUUUGAUCAGGUGUGUGAGUUGGGUUCCUAAGUUUCCAGCAAUGGGACCACAUAAGACAAUGGAAUAUCACUCUGAUUUAGAAAAUGUGGAUGAAGAUGGGUAUACUCGAUUAGACUUCACCUCUCAAGGCAUCACCAGAAGACCAGUGGUCUCAACGAAAGGUGCUCAGGCUGCAUCUCCUCCUUGGCGGCUGAUUGCUGUGACUUUGGGAAUCUUAUGCUUGGUAACACUGGUGAUCGCUGUGGUCCUGGGUGUCCUGGCAUUUAGGAGAUCCAAUUCAGGCAGCAACCCAUUGGAAAAAGGCAACUUUACAUCGAGAAAUAAAGAGAAUCACAGUCAACCCACAAAAUCAUCUUUAGAAGAGAAUGUGGCUCCUACCAAGACUCUCAAAACCACAGGAAUCUUUUCCAGCCUUUGUCCCCCUAAGUGGAUCAUACACGAGAAGAGCUGUUAUCUAUUUAGCAUGUCACUGGAGUCCUGGCAAAGAAGUAAGAUCCGAUGCUCUCAGCUGGGCUCUAAUCUCCUGAAAAUAGACAGCUCAAAAGAAUUGGAUUUUAUAAAAAGCCAAGUGUCUUCCCACCCUGAUCAUUCAUUUUGGAUAGGGCUUUCUCGCCGUCAGAGUGAAGAACUGUGGCACUGGGAGGACGGAUCCACCUUCUCUUCUAAUUUGUUUCAAAUCAGAAGCACAGCUAUCCAGGAAAACUUACCUCACAAUUGUGGAUGGAUUCAUGUGUCCAGUAUUUAUGACCAAGACUGUUAUGUGCCCUCGUAUAGUAUCUGUGAGAAGCUGUCAAAGUAAGGGGGAGAAGUAAUCAGAGGAACUAAGUAUAUAAGACUGUUUGGAUGGCAAAAAGAGAACAGAAAAGAGUAAUAUUCCAGGUAGAAAUAGAUGCUGAAAAUGUUAAGAGAGCAUGGCAAACUUAAAUCUCAGCUGAGAAUUAGGAUGAAGAGGCUGUGAUUUCUGUACUUGUCAGUUUCGUAGGGAGGCUAAUAUGCUUGUGAACAGAGUCCUAGUCAUGGAGUCAGGGCAGCUAAGAUUAAUUUUUGUUCUCACAUUGACUUAGUAUUUACUGAAGUUAAACCACGAGUCCUUGGUGAUUUCAAAGUCAUUUUUGACUCUACCAGAAUGUUAUUUUUUCUCCCUCAAAAAGUGCCAAUGGAUUGUCAUUGUAUGUUUCCUUGAUUUGUUCCUCAACUUCUGGCAGUACAUCAGACAUGGGUAUAAGGUAAAGUAUACUUCUGAAUUACUAAAUGAAGAAAUGGGAAAAAAAUCUUCACUAUAAUCAGAGCUAUCUUGUUAUUUUCCUCAAUAUGAUCAUGGUUAUGAUUAUCAUUACUAAAACUCAGCAACUCCAACUGAAUAACUUAGAGAAUAUGCCAUCCAUAGCUCUAAUAGCAUCCUCUAUAAUGUGAAAUUGCAGGGAAUUUGAUCUUUAGGAAACCUUCUUUUCAAAUAUAAACUGAAAAAUAAAUAAGAUCUGAUAACAAAUACAAAAGUAAACAAUGUCAUUGGCAAAAAUAUUAAUAUUUUGGAGAACAAAGCACAUUAUAUUAUUUUUAUGAUGUACCAUUUUGCAAUUUGUACCAAUUAUUUAUCACUAUAAAAUAUUAUUAGAAUAUAACUCUAUUUCCUCAUGUGAUGAUUUGUCUAUUUUCAAUUUUCUCAUUGGUCCUAAUUAUAUUUUCAAUGGGGAUUUCUGUGUUAUUGGGGAGGCAUUUGUAGUUUUCUCACAUUGAUAAAUAUGUGAAAAGAAACUGUACCGGAUUUACUGAAUUAUUUGCUUUACUGUGGUUAAUUUUAUGCAAUGUAGAUUCCAUCUCAAUUUAAAAUAUGGUUUGGCCUCUAAAUUGUGUGCCUCUUUGUAACAAUCUCUCUCAUGAUUUGCCUUCUCAAAAGUGAUGAUAAAUUUGAUACUAGGCAAAGGGUAUGUACAAUAGGUACUUCUGUGUU